GGGCUGUGAGUUGAGUUGUAUGAACUUAUAUGUGUGUGACUGAAUGAAAAAACACUUUUUCAUUGUGUUAAAAGGAGCUGUAAUGAGCCUCACUUGAUAAAUCGUAUCGGCAAGUUGUAUCUUUGUGAGGAAAAAGAAUUGCAUUGCAAAUAAAUGGAAUAAUUGUCAUAAUUUGUGUACAGUGGUGCCAUUUAAUGUAAGUGUACCGAAGCAAGUGUUCAGUAGUAUCACAACAGAAUUGAAGAAUCAUGAUUGAGCUCACAGUGAAGACAUUAGAUUCUCAGAAUCAUGGGUUUUCUGUACCAGAUGAUACUACAGUGAAGCAACUGAAAGAAAAAAUUGCUGAAUCAAUCAAUAUUCCUGCAGAUUCUCAGCGGUUGAUUUAUUGUGGAAGGGUGUUGGUUGAUGAAAAGAAUUUGAGUGAAUAUGAUGUCAACGGUAAGGUCAUUCAUCUUGUUCAUCGACCUCCACCACAAACCACUCGACCCAAUGGAAAUAAUUCAGGGGUCAGGCAACCAAAUCAGCAACAGCGCCGUACAAACCAGCAUCACAGACAGCCUCGCAUGGAUGGAAAUGCUAUGUAUCUUGGGGCUAUGGCCUUUCCUGCAGAUCUUAUGGAUGCACAAGGUAUUCAGCCACCUCAGCCAUCUCAUAAUCUCUCACAGAGUCGCUUAAUAGUGGCUCGUCGAAUGGUUCGCCGUGCAUCUGCUGUUCUGCAGCGGUUGGAAUGGCCCGGCAUUCAGGAGUCACCAGACCCAGAAUCACCCCCAGAAGAUGUAGAGAAUGGGAGUGGUUCCAAUGGAGAAAACGGUGGAAGUGGCAGCAACAGUGUUCUUACACAAGCUCAGCCCUUUGCUGGCAGCAUUGCUCAGGCAGCGCAAGCUGCGACAGCUGCUGCAAUAGCUGCUGCAGUCUCUGCUGCCCAUGCUGCUGGUGUCCCCAACAUCACCAUUGUCCGAGGAGGGCAGGCACAAGGUUCACAGGAGACUGUUAAUAUUCGGAUAGAAGGUUCUGGCAGUGAGGAAGGGACAAGAACUGAGCAGGACCAGCAGGUCAGCAGUUCAGAGGCAGGUGAGGCCAAUACACAGGUGCCACAGCACACUUCAUCUGAACCCAGCUCAGCUUCAGGAAGUGAAAAUCAGAGCAGGAGGUCUAUGGAAUACCCAAGAACAAAUGACAUGGCAGCCUUGCUGGAUGAUUUGAACCGUGUUACUGAACGUAUGCAGCCAUUUCUGCAACAGUACCAUCAGCUUAUGCGAGAUGACCCAGUCUUUGAACCUGAUUCACCAGCACUCCAAGAUGCACAGAGAGUGUUCAAUUCUGUGUCAGAGGUGAUGCAUUUCCUCUCUCAUGCAUAUCAUGCCAUGAGUGACAUCAUGUGUGAAUUCUCUGGUCCUCCACCACGUAACUUGAGAUGCCGUCCAGUGCUUAUUCAACAUUCUGCAGUACUGCAGGCAGGGAUACCAAUUCAGGCCCAAAUUAAUGUAAUGGCCAAUAGACAGAAUGCAAGCAACAACUCUCAGCCAUCUACACAUGCUGAGAAUGACAAUUCGCCAUCAGCAAAUUCCUCAGCGGUUUCCAACGCAACAUCAGCAGCACCAUCAGCGCCACCUGACAGUCAUGCUUCAGCUGUUCAAUCUGAGACUGCUGGAAGCAACACAAACCAGGCUCAGGAUGCACCCCAGACACAGUCUGAAAGACAACAGGUUUCUUCUGAAGCCCAGAAUUCAGAGCAAAACUUUGUUCCUCAACCCACGUUCAACAUUACCCCAGGUAAUGUGGAGUUCUUCAUGGAAGUUGGACCAGGUAGCAUCACCAUUGAUUCUUUGGAAACAACUGUCGUUACCAAUGGGAAUACGGGUGGAUCAACACUAGGAAUCGAUCCCAGUGCUGUAGGUGGCAACUUUCCCUGGGGUUCACCACCUCCACCAGAGUUCAUACAGAAUUUAAUGCACGCUGUAGCAGGUCAUGUGAUUGGUCGCACUGGUAAUACACCCAGCACUAGUGGAACCACCCAGGCAGCUGCUGGUGCCGGAGGGCAGAACAGUCAAGCCCGAGGCAACACGGCUACACACCCCACCACUUCUACACAGACACGCUCCACUUCACGCCCCCAUGUUCACCUUGCACCAGCUGCUAUGCAAGGUUUAAGUUCAACCAACUUUGAUCCCUUCUUGCCAUGUAACUCACACCAUGUACGGACAUUCAGGCGUAGGCAGAGAGUAGCGCAGCAGGCCCAGCAGCAGUCAACUGGCACUACAAAUUCAGAGCCGCAUGUUGAAGUUCAGGUGUCAGAACAAGUAGCAGAGCAACCUCAGCAACAGCCGCAGCCAUCACAAGAUGCCAGUAACCAGCCCCCCCAACCACCACCAACACCUCAGCCACAACCCCCACCCCAGGCACAGCCUCAGCCCCAACCACAACCACAGGCGAACAUUCUUUUCAGCUUAAUUUCAAACAUCAUUGGCAACAUGCGUGGUGGACCCCCUGGCAUGGGCAUGGGUUCAUUUUCCUUCCAAGUCCCACCACCACCAAUGCCCCCUCCUCCACCAUCCAGACCUUCCAACAUGCAGUCAGCUUCUGCUGCUGGUUCUGGCCCAGCAAACCAACCUCCAGGUUUAUCAUUCCUCUCUCUGAUGAACAUGUUGACUGGCCAAGGAACCUCUGGGGCUGGAGAGACUCCUCCAAUCAAUAUACCAAUGAUGUUACAAAUGUUUGAGAACUUGUCUGGUGGUCUUGGAGGAGCAUUUUUCGUGCAAGGCUCAGGUCCAACCUUGGCAGACUUACUGCAGUGUAUUCCUGACCAUUCCUACACAGAAGGAGAGUCCAUCUUUGCUGAUCUAGCUAUGACAUUGGCUAGAAGUUUAACAUUCCAGGAUCUCAUUGCCCAGCGUUUUGGGCAUGUGGACUCACUGAACCACAUACAUCCCCAGCUGAGGGACUUUGUUGGCCAGCGUGUAUUGCAAGGCGAAACCCCCACUCCAGAGAACAUUGCCCGAGGAGCCGACAGAUUGAUUAGGGAAAUGAGACCUCAGUUUGACUUUAUGCCGGGAGCACGGCUUAGAGAGGAGGUAGAUUUAGUUGCUACAUCAAAUCGGUAUAAUCAGAUCCGCCUUCCACAAGUUAUCACACUCAUAAUGGCUGAAGGAAAUAAUAACCACUUUGGUCAGGAAAUAGUCCGUUGGUGCCGAACAUAUGUUGCAGAAAUGGCUGCCAUUUUGUUGCACUGUUGUGUAGAUAAAGUUCAGGGACUGGUGACUGCAGUGCAGAAUUAUGUGCAACGCGUCACAAGUGGAAUGCAACCAUCUGUUCAGCAAUGGACUGUGGGAAGUUCAGUCACACAUUUGCGUAAUUAUCUCUCUCAGCUGGAUGUUCCAUUUGAGGACAUACAGCGGUUUCUAGUGUACCGCAUCCCUGCAACAGCUGAGCUGCCUGUUCCAACACCGUCAUCAACUCCUAUACAGGAAUCACUGGUCCAUGCAGAACGGGUAGAGGCUACUGCUGUUCCAGAGCCAAUGGAAACAGAUGGUAUUACGUCUGAAUGUAACCGAAUUACUGUGCCACUUCAGAACAAGGAUGUUCAAGAUCAAGGUCUGGCAAUGGACACUGACACUCUCCCUGAUGUGCUUCUGGGUUCUGAAGCAUGGCACACCACCUUGCCUUCUGAUUGGGUUCCAAUUAUAACAAGAGACACGCAAAGGCAGCGUAGGCAGAAUCCUCAGCCUCCAUUCAGUGAUGCUUAUCUUUCAGGGAUGCCAUCUAAGCGGCGUAAAAUAGUAACUUCAGCAAAACCUCAAGGAAGCCUAAGUCAGAUUAUUGGAGAUGGUGUUGGUAAUGCUGUAGAUGCUGCAGGAGUGGAUGCAGUGACUGGGAUGGAGACUGUAACCCAGGUGGCUGGAAAUGACCCUGAAAUACAAGCAGCAUACAGAGAACAAGUGCGCCUGACUGUGAGGGAAAACUUGGCCAGUAAUCCAGAUUUCACUGCAGAGCGAUUCCCUAACACUGCAAAAUAUUUUAAGUAACAAGCAGGAGGUUAACAGAAAUAGUUGUAUUUUGUCAUUUGGUAGAUUUGAAAGUGUUUCACAGACUGCUGACUUGGUUUUGUGUGCAUCUGCAAAAAUAUAGUUGGGUCAUUGUCAAAUAUCGUUCUAGUUUUCCUUCGCCAAAUUGAAGUUCAAACUUCAUUUUUUGUAUUAUUAAGAAGUGUCUGAUUAAAGUAAAGCAAAAACUUCCAGUUAUAUGAAAAUCCACGUUUCACUUUGUAACGAAGAUAAUUUUUGUUAAAAAGAGGCUAGGUGAGGCUAGUUUUCGGAUUGUGUUUUUACAUGGUAACUGCCUACUCCAUAUCUCAUCUUACUUUUUCUUCAGUGUCCUGAAAUUCAUGCAAAUUUCUGUGAAUAUUUUAAUUUCUCUGUUUUCUGCUGCUUGGAUGGCCUGAAUUUCCUUUUAACUGUAUGCAAAUGAAAUUGUACGCUCCAGUUAUAUCUGAGAGCAGUUUUCUUACGCACGUGAGAAAUCCAAGUGAUCGCCAUAGGAUACUGUGUUCUUUUGAGAAAGAAUGAACAUUUACAAAAUUGA